AUGUCUGAAUCGAAAAAUAAUAAAAGAGGCUUUAUGCUUGUCUAAGAAGAGGAGAUAGUGGAGGAACAAGAAUUGCUUUAAGAUGAUGAAAGCAAAUAAAACUAAGCUAAUCUUGAACUUGAAUUGGAAAAAUUUAAUGCUGAGAUGAAUAAAGAUGAUGAGAUAGCUAUUAAGAUGAUUAAAUUUGAAGGUUAGUAUAAAGAUAGAGAAGAAGAUUAUGAUAAUAGGGGCAAAUAUUAAAGAAGAUUGAUUUCUGAGAUCGAUGAAAUAGAAUAAUUAUAGCAAAAAAUUCAGCAAAAGAAAGCAGAAAUAAUAACAAAAAAGAGAAAAAAUAAAUUAGAUCUAAAUGAACUCCUCAAAGACACUGAUGAGCUUGACUUUAAUCUGAAGAGAAGAAAAAUAUGA